CUGGUGAGCCUACUGCUGAUUGGAAUUGCAGCAUGGGGAAUUGGCUUCGGCCUCAUCUCUAGUUUCAGAGUUGUUGGAGUGGCAAUUGCAGUAGGAAUCUUCCUCUUCUUUAUUGCCUUAGUUGGAUUGAUUGGUGCAGUGAAACAUCAUCAAGUAUUGCUAUUCUUUUACAUGAUUAUUCUUCUGCUAGUCUUUAUUGUGCAGUUUUCUGUCUCCUGUGCCUGUUUGGCACUAAACAAGGAACAGCAGAGUGAACUUCUAGAGGUGGGAUGGAAUAACACCAACAGUGCAAGAACAGAUAUUGAGAGAAAUCUGAAUUGCUGUGGAUUCAGAGUUUUCGAUCCGAAUGAAACCUGCUCCUCUGAUUGUUUUAGGAGUCACCAGUGUAAACCAUGUGCCCCAAUAAUAGAAGAAUAUUCUGGAAUGCUGCUGAGAUUCGUUGGUGGCAUAGGACUCUUCUUCAGUUUCACAGAGAUUCUGGGAGUCUGGCUGACUUACAGAUACAGAAACCAAAAGGAUCCCCGUGCAAACCCUAGUGCAUUUCUUUGAUGCACUCUGAAGAGCUCUUGAAGUAUAUAAAGGACUGAAUCUUCUCUCUACACCCUCUACUUAAAAAUACUGAUUCUCCAUAGUCUGGUAUCUCUCCGUAAUAGGAGUUCUACAUGUACCCAAAAUAAAUCAUAAUUUACAUUAGAGAUGUGUAGUUUUCAUGUUUAGUUUCCACUAUUUUUCUUCUAAGAAUCUCUAUCUUAAAGUAGAUGGGUGCAUUCAGUAGCUGGGGAGAGUUGAACUGCUGGUUAAAUAACUCUGUUAAGACUUUGUUAAUUGAUAUGGUGAACUCUAUAUGUGAGUUUUAUAGCACUACUGGCUUAUCUGGUGUCAAAAAAACCCCAACCCUGAAGUAUUUUCUGCUGUAUUCACUGAUUACAAAAAUUCACGUGAAUUCUCAUUAAAAUGGUAAAAAUGUAUGGUGGAUGGUUGGCUAUGAUUUGCUUAGGUUUUAAGAUGAACUCUAGAAAACUUUUUUUGUCUCCCACUUUCCUGCUAAGGUAAAAAUAGAAGCUAAGGAUGUUAUUUUCUGUAGUGCACAUAAGUGUAUGUUAAUGACUACUGUAGUCUUCACUCCUCCCUUUCCCUGUUUGUUUUGGCUUUCUGAUAGCUUUAGAGUUUUGUUGAGAAUAAAAGUAAUUUUAAUGGAUAUUGUCACUUCGAGAACAAUGAAUGAAGAAAACCAGGAGAAUGUAACCUGCAGCUGAUUAACUUGAAACUUUUUUUUUCUUUGACAAGCGAAUGAAGUUUGGUAUUUGCACAAUCAAUGUCGGAAUCAAUGUCUGUCAUCUCUGAUGUAAGAAACUUGGUGUCUGGACAGUUGUUGUACAGCUAUUUUUUCAGAUGGUGUAAAAUUAUUGUUGUGAUAACUCAGCACUGUAUAUUUCUCUGUCAUCCAGAUAACAGUCUUGAUUUCGUGAGAGAUUGAAUGGUGUGUAAAAACAAAAAAUAUUUGAAAAA